UAGUUCCCUGCCGCCAUAUCUGACAGCUAUCCAUCCCACAAUUCCCGUCUUGUCACUAAAAGCAACUUGGUUUUGAGGCCAAGAAGAAGUAUUCAGCCUUGUUGCCUUUGGACUUCGGAGAGCAAAAGAGAAGCGAAGAAAGAAGCGUUCUCUCUGCUGCCUUGUCAUCUUUGAACCCCAUCUCUUCCAACGCGUGUGGAUGUCCAGAGGAUGGCUGAGGAACAGAACCCAGCACCACCACCCCAAGAAGAGCAGCAGCAGCAUAGCCUACUCCCACCAACCUCCAAAAUCCCUCGCCUUUCAUCAGAUGCCUCAGGGGUGGUGACGAUGGCGGCUCCAUCGCCGCUGGGGCUGGGGCUGGGGCUGAGACUGGGGCUGGGGGGUGGUUACAGCAGGCCGGCUUUCACUUUUAUGCAGCUGCAAGAGCUGGAGCACCAAGCGCUCAUCUACAAAUACAUGGUGGCGGGCGUCCCCGUCCCGCUACACCUCGUCCUCCCCAUCUGGAAGAGUGUCGCCGCCUCCUCCUACGGCCCCCACCACUACCCCUCUUUCAUGGGGUACGGGAGCUUGUGUUUCGACUACAGGAAUAGCAUGGAGCCGGAGCCCGGGCGGUGCCGGAGAACCGACGGCAAGAAGUGGCGGUGCUCCCGGGAUGUCGUCCCCGACCAGAAGUACUGUGAGCGCCACAUGCACCGCGGCCGCAACCGUUCAAGAAAGCCUGUGGAAGCAGGAGCUGGAGCAACCGCCGCCGCCGCCUCCACGGCCACCACCACAUUGCAAGUCGAAGCCAACAACAAUGGUAGCAACACCAUCCCCACCACCACCUAUCUCUCUAUCGCCAUCCCGUCCGGCGGUGGGCUCCAUUUGAUGCCCACCACCAACUCCAGCAGUAGCAGCAGCGGCGGCAGCAACAACGUGUCACCUCCCAGGCUUGGCUUCUCGCCCACCAGCGUCCUCCAGGGCGGCACCGCUUGUAAAACCGGGCCUUCUUGAGAGUUGCGACCCUCUCUCUCUCUCUCGUUUGUCUUUUCUCCUUUUUUUUAUCUUGAUGUGAGUGUUGGAUGACACCAAGGUUUGUUUCUGGUGUGUCUUUUUGGAGAUAGAACCCCAGGGGCUGCGACCCUACCGAGCUUCCAUCCAAUGAGCCUCUUCUUUUGUUCCAUUGUCCUAGUAUGGCCAAAGACUGGUGUGAGUUGAGUUCGAAAUGGUGGUGGGCUUGUUUUGAA